CGCGGGGCCCGGCCGCCGCCUUCCGGGGAGCGCGGGGCGGGCCCGACCACCUGUGCGCGCCGGCCGCCCCGCGGCCCCGGAGCCCGCCCGCCAUGAAGCCCAACUUCUCCCUGCGCCUCAGGAUCUUUAACCUCAACUGCUGGGGCAUCCCCUACCUCAGCAAGCACCGCGGCGACCGCAUGAAGCGCCUGGGAGACCUUCUGAACAUGGAGAGCUUCGACCUGGCCCUGCUGGAGGAGGUGUGGAGCGAGCAGGACUUCCAGCGCCUGAGGCAGAAGCUGCUGCCCGCCUACCCCGCCGCGCACUACUUCCGGAGCGGCGUCAUUGGCAGCGGUCUGUGCGUGUUCUCCAAGCAUCCGAUCCAGGAAUUCACGCAGCACGUCUACACCCUCAAUGGGUACCCCUACAUGAUCCACCAUGGAGACUGGUUCUGCGGGAAGGCCGUGGGGCUGCUGGUGCUGCACCUGAGCGGACUGGUGCUCAACGCCUACGUGACCCACCUCCAUGCCGAGUACAAUCGCCAGAAGGACGUCUACCUCACACACCGCGUGGCCCAAGCUUGGGAACUGGCCCAGUUCAUCCACCACACAUCCAAGAAGGCCGACGUGGUUCUGCUGUGUGGGGACCUCAACCUGCACCCGAAGGACCUGGGCUGCCGCCUGCUGAAGGAGUGCACGGGCCUGCAUGAUGCCUACCACGAGACCCGGGACUUCAAGGGCUCUGAAGAAGGCUGCACGAUGGUACCUGAGAACUGCUACGUCAGCCAGCGGGAGCUGGAGCCAUUUCCCUUUGGCAUCCGCAUUGACUAUGUGCUGUAUAAGGCGGUUUCUGGGUUCUACAUCUCCUGUAAGACUCUUAGGACCACUACAGGCCACGAUCCUCACAGUGGCACCCCCCUCUCUGAUCACGAAGCCCUGAUGGCUACUCUGUGUGUGAGACACAGCCCCCCGCAGCACACCCCCGACCCUACUCAGGGACCAGCAGAAAGGUCGAGGUUGAUCAGCGUAUUAAAGGAGGCCUGGACAGAGCUGGACCUGGGCGUGGCUCAAGCUCGGUGGUGGGCCACCUUCGCUGGUUACGUGAUUGGCCUAGGGCUGCUUCUGCUGGCACUGCUGUGUGCCUUGGCAGCUGGAGGAGGGGUCAGGGAAGUUGCCAUACUCCUCUGGACCCCCAGCGUGGGAGUGCUGCUGGGGGCGGGUGCAGUCUACCUCUUCCACAUGCAGGAGGCCAAGGGCUUAUCGAGGGCUCGCGCUGAGCUCCAGCACGUGCUGGGAAGGGCAAGGGAGGCUCAGGAUCUGGGCCUGGAGUCUCAGCCAGCCCUGCUCCUGGGGCAGCAGGAGGGGGACGGAGCUGAGGAACAAUAAAGCUUGACACUUUUGUG